UUUCUAUCCACGCCCGGUGGUGGCGGCGCAUGCCUUCAUUUAGAAUUUUAUAAAUUUAGAAGGUUAUUAGCAAAAAAAAUGGAUACCCGAAAACUAACCGAAAUUUUGAGUGCCACAAUCGACCCUAAUCAAAGGCAGCAAGCUGAAGAACAACUAGCUCAGAUACACAAAAUAAUUGGUUUUGCACCAUCUCUGCUGCAAGUUGUUAUGUUAAAUGAAGUUUCAAAGCCUAUUCGUCAAGCUGGCGUAGUCUAUUUAAAGAACAUGAUCACAUCAGGAUGGCAAGAAAAAGAAGCAGAAGAAGGUGAACCAGUACCUUUCAGUAUACAUGAACAAGAUCGUGCAAUGAUACGGGACAUGAUUGUAGAUGCAAUUGUGCAAGCACCAGACCUAAUCAGAGUCCAGUUAUGUGUUUGUCUUAAAACUAUAAUCAAACAUGACUUCCCGGCUAGAUGGACACAAAUUGUAGACAAAAUACACAUAUACCUACAAAAUCCAGAACCAAAUAAUUGGAUGGGUGCAUUAUUAUGUCUCUAUCAGUUAAUAAAGAACUAUGAAUACCAUGUCACGGACAAAAGAGCACCGCUCAAUGAAGCGAUGAACCUGUUACUACCAAUGAUGUAUAAUCUCAUUGUGAAUCUUCAGCCCGACCCCUCCAUGGAAUCUGUGCUUAUUCAGAAGCAAAUACUCAAGUGCUUCCAUUGCCUCGUAAAGUACAUUUUGCCAUUGGAUUUAAUCACAAGGGAAAUAUUCACAAAAUGGAUGGAAGUUCUUAGAUCUGUAAUGGAAAGGCCUGUCCCAGAUCACACACUGCAAGUAGAUGAAGACGAAAGGAUGGAACUGCCAUGGUGGAAGUGUAAGAAGUGGGCAGUGCAUACUCUUUACCGAUUAUUUGAAAGGUAUGGAAGCCCAGUAAAUGCCAGAGAAGAAUAUGUCGAGUUUGCUGAUUGGUACUUGACAACGUUUACUGGUGGUAUUUUGGAGGUUCUACUGAGGGUGCUGGACAACUAUAGAAAUAAAAUCUAUGUCUCGCCUCGAGUGCUGCAACAAACAAUAAGCUAUAUUGAUCAGUGCGUUAGCCAUGCAUAUGCCUGGAAGUUAUUAAAACCACACAUGUUUGCUAUUAUUCAAGAUGUGCUUUUCCAACUUAUGUCAUAUUCAGAGGCAGAUGAAGAAUUGUGGUUCAAUGAUCCAUAUGAAUAUAUCAGAAUUAAGUUUGAUAUAUUUGAGGAUUUCAUAUCUCCUGUUACUGCUGCCCAAACAUUAUUGAUAUCAUGUUGCAAAAAGAGAAAAGACAUGUUGGAAAGAACAAUGCAUUUCUGUAUGCAGGUUCUCACUGGACAAGGUGGGGAAUAUGGUCCUAGACAGCGAGAUGGUGCUUUACACAUGGUGGGAACUCUAAAUGACAUUCUCAUUAAAAAGAAAUUCUAUAAGGAGGAGAUUGAUUCUCUAUUGAGCCAAUAUGUAUUUCCUGAGUUCCACAGUCAAUUUGGAUACAUGAGAGCAAGAGCCUGCUGGGUCCUUCAUUGCUUUGCAAGUGUUCACUUCAAGAACGAGGCUCUUCUUGCAGAGGCAGUACGACUUUCUGUCAAUGCUCUUUUAAAUGACACAGACCUACCUGUUAAAGUUGAGGCUGCAAUCGCAAUACAAAUGCUUCUGACAUCACAAGAAAAGGUCCACAAAAUGUUAGAGCCUCAAGUUAAACCAGUGACUUCAGAAUUAUUGAAAGUCAUCCGUGAGACAGAAAAUGACAAUAUAGCCAAUGUGCUACAAAAGAUUGUACCAGUAUACACUGAGCAAUUGAUGCCAAUGGCAUUUGAAAUUACAGACCAUUUAGCUACAACUUUCAGUAAGGUGAUAGAGACAGACUGUGGAACAGAUGAAAAAGCUAUCACCGCUAUGGGUCUUCUUAAUACCAUGGAAACUGUUCUAAAUGUAAUGGAAGAUAAUCCUGAAAUCUUGGCACAACUUGAGAAAACUGUUUUACGUGUUGUGGGCCACAUUCUACAUCACAACAUUAUUGAAUACUAUGAGGAAGCAAUGAUAUUGCUUUGUACUCUGACAUCAAAGUCCAUAUCAGAAGACAUGUGGAAAGUACUAGAAAUGCUGUACCAAGUGUUUGAGAAAGAAGGUUUUGAUUAUUUCACUGACAUGAUGCCAGUUCUCCAUAACUACAUCACUGUUGAUACAAACGCUUUUCUAUCAAAUGAGAAUCACAUUUUGGCUAUGUUUAACAUGGUGAAAGCUGUGCUAAACUCUGAUGCAGAAGAUGAGUCUGAGGUAUAUGCUGCAAAACUUCUGGAAGUUAUGGUGCUGCAGUGUUCUGGAAAAAUUGACAAUUGUCUGCCCUCAUUUGUGGAACUUGUACUAAAUAGACUUACCAGGAAAGUCAAGACUUCAGAAUUGAGAACUAUGUUAUUACAGGUUCUGAUAGCUAUACUAUAUUGUAAUCCGCACUUACUGUUCAACAUAUUGAUGAAAUUACAAGAAUCAGUACCCAAUGCAUCCAUCACACAACACUUCAUUAAACAGUGGAUACAUGACACUGAUUGCUUCAUGGGAUUACAUGACAGGAAACUGUCAGUACUAGGCAUUUGCACAUUGUUGGAAAUGGGGCCACAGAGACCAGCUCUAGACGAAGUCUUGCCAAAGAUAUUACCAUCAUGCUUGGUGCUCUUUGAUGGAUUGAAGCGGGCUUAUGAAGCAAGGGCUGAAGCUGAUGAUGACUCAUCAUCAGAGGACGAUGAUGAUUAUGACGAUGAAGAAAUACUAUCUACUGACGAUGACGACUUUGAUCAAAUGAACAAUGAAUAUUUAGAAAACCUGGCACGUAUGACAGCUAAGAAAACUGCCACCCAAGACAUUACAAUUACCUCCAAGAUUGAAUUUGAAAGCGAUGAUGAAGUGAGUGAUGACGACGAUUAUGAACAAGAUGAAACUGCAAUUGAGUGCUAUACCACAGUUCUUGAUGACAAAGACUGUCCAGUUGAUGAAUACAUCAAAUUCAAGAAUGCAAUAUCAGCUCUGUCAACGAGUGAGCCAGCUCUUUACCAUGCACUAACCAGUGUUCUUGAUGAGGAACAACAGAAACAGCUGAACGCUGUGUUCGUGCUGGCCGACCAGCGCAAGGCGCAACAAGACAGCAAACGCAUUGAACAGAGCGGAGGCUACUCUUUCACGGUACCAGCACAAGUACCUACAACUUUCAAAUUUGGAUCAUAAAUGGUUAGAUAGAAAUGAAAUGAAGAAUAAAGUGAUUGUUUUUUUUUUAUCACAAUAUACAUUUCUUUAUACACAUUCUUUCAGCUCGAAUCGAUUUUCGAAACAUAAUAAAUGUUGUUAAUUUGUGCAAACUAUUUAUUUUGCUAUUUAUUUGUCAAAUUUAGUUCCUGAAUUAAUAUGAUAUAUCAAUUUUUCCCGACAAAUUGCUAGUAAUAGUUAGACCGACAUCAAAAUUUAGUAUUACUUUCAUAUUGAAUAUUUAUUUGAUGUACCAUUUCAUCUUUAAAAUAAUGAAUUUGUCCUUUUUUAGAUUUACAUUCCAUCCUUGAAUAUUGCCAAUUAAGUAUUUAAUUUGCAUUGCAGGAUGAUGAAAUUGAUAUACAAUUUAUAUUUGGUGAUAUUGAACUAAAUUUAUCCCCUUUUAUAAAUCAUGCUGAGAGCUAUGUUAUUUAAAGAUGCAACAAUCUACGUGAUUCGUAUUUUUAUAGUUAAUAUGUUAAUUGUUGAUGGUAGAAUUAUACUGAUGCAAGUUAAUUAUUCAAAUGAAUAUAUUAUAUAUAUAGAUAUUUUUUGUAUAGGUGUUGAAAAAUAUGAAAUAUUUUACACCUAAAUAUGCACAUUAAAAAUCAUCAUUAGUUAUUAGUUCAUUUCAUAUCCCGGUAAUUCUUCGUCGUGACAUGCUUUAUAAUGAGUAAAAACUUAAAAAAUCUGAAAAACAAGCUUGACUCCGCAUGUUUCUACCAUCUUGUUCUAGGAAUUGUUGUAAUGAUAAGAUGCCCAUUUACAAUUAGAUUUAUUUUAUUAUCAUUAAAUCACAAAAAAAAAAUAAAGGCCUGUGUUGCAUUUAUUCGUUAAAAUACUGUUAACUCAUGACAUUGUUUACUUUGGAUGCUAUUUCUUUACUAUUACUUUAUCGAAAAGUGUUAUUUUUGUUUAAACUUUAUUUCAUGUAGAAAUAAUUAACGUUUUUUAUCCAGUUGUUGGGCUCUGUAGUUACAUCUCCCAACUUGAUGUUAAUUAUAAAUAAGUUUAAAAAAAAUCUAUCAUUAGUAAUCGUAACUAACGGUAAAAAUCGCAUGUAUGUGUACGUUUCGAUAGAUGUACGAUGUAUGGAUAAAACUUUUCAGGUAUGAAUGAAACAUUUUGCAGGCUUUUAAUGUUGUAAAAGAAACUACACUCACAUGAAAUGGUAUUAACCAAGGGUUACUUUUAUUAGCCAAUGUAUUAUUGUAAUCAAUAUUGGUUAUAAUAGCUUCGUUACGAAAGAAAUAAAAUUAAUAGAUAUCACUUAUUACUUUGAUAACGAUUUGUAAAUUUAAACAUAAUAGUAGGCACUUUGUUAUUCUAUGUCUACUUUAUUAACGUUUUCAAAUUCAAAUCUAGAUACCAAUACAUGUUCCCCAUGACGAUUUUCUAUAUUGUUUACUUUGAGCGUUAUUAGUAUCAUAUAAUAGUAUGGCUGCUUAGAUGUUUACACAUAUAAAGAUGUAUUUUCAA